AUGACUGAAGUUGAAAGGACGUCGAUGGAGAGAGGCGACCUUGUCAAACAGCGUAUUGCCCAUUAUGACUACUUUCAUGACCCCAACACCUUCACGUAUCGGCUCCGGAAGACGGCCAAACCGAAAGAGAAGAAGGUCAAAGAGCGCAAACACGCCGUUGUCGUCCGGCGCCUGAUCGACCAGAAUGGCAAUCACACGAAGACUGUCAUCGAUAUCAAGAGCGCUCUACUGUGCGAAGUCCUGCUCGAGAUCAAUGCUGGCGUUCAAGGAUUGGAUCUCUCUCGUCACGAGCCAGAGACUUCAUUCGAAGUUAUGUACCAUUCAUACGGCGCCCUUCUCGAGCGUUUGGCCAAGGAACAGGCGAAAGAGCAACAGGAUCGGGGGGAGGCCUUGAUCAUCGACAUCAUGGCCGCUAUCCAGAUGAUCGAAGAAGACCUGGCCAAGACCUUGCACGACGUCUCGGGGCUCACUGCGCAACAAGAGAUCACGUUCGACCUCUUGUGGACCAUAUUCAAGCCUAACUCGCUCAUCUGCGAGUAUCACGACUUCACGGAACAGAACCGUCUGUUGUUGGUGCGCCAGGCUGAGUACAAGAGGGGGAUGGAUGGCUCGCGAUAUCUUCAGAUGACUUGCGAUAUCAUACGCAACGAUGGCAGCCUCUUUGGAUUUGCGCAAGAGCUCCUGAUGAUUGGCGAAUUCAAGGGUGUACGCCCGAUCGCGGAGCUUCCCACCUAUCCGCUCAAGUACCACCCCAGUGCGGAUGACCUCUACGCCGAAGCUGUGAAGAUUGGAAAGAGCUAUGUUCAGUUGUCGCAACAUAGCUAUCACGAGAUCGAAGCUGGGCUUGCCUUGCGCGACCAAGGAGGUCGCGUAGGACAAUUCUACGUGUCUGGUCGUGUCAUGAUCAGUCCCUCGGCGUUUCGCCGAUUCUUGCCGAGCAGCGAGCUUAAUCCGUCAGUGCACAAGGCACUCAAGAAGGAAACCUUGACAAACGACGAUUUCGCUAUCAUCACGCCCAUUGUGUUGGGAUUCGCGUUUGAUCGCAAGUCUUGGGGCGCUUUUGCGCUGUCGCGUAUCAAGGACGUGCGCUGGAACGAUGCUGCUUUUGGCGCACUCGUCCUCGGAAGUAAGCAGAAGAUGCUCAUACACGGCCUUGUCCGGCAGCACGCAUCUCAGGCAGCUAGCUUUGACGAUAUCAUUGAAGGCAAAGGACGAGGGCUCAUUGGGUUGCUCGCUGGUACACCUGGCUGUGGCAAGACGCUCACAGCGGAGGCCGUCGCGGAGAUCACGCAUAAGCCGCUCUAUGCCGUCAGUGCCGGCGAGCUCGGCACGACGCCUGACUACGUGGAAAGCAAGUUGACUGAAGUCCUCGAGUUGGCGCAACUUUGGGAUGCAGUCCUCCUGCUUGACGAGGCGGAGGUGUUCCUGCAGCAGAGGAAUGCUGUGGACAUCAACCGCAACGCGCUCGUCUCCAUCUUCCUGCGCCAGCUGGAGUACUACAAGGGAAUCUUGAUUCUCACGACGAACAUGGCCGAACAGGUCGAUCGUGCAUUCGAAAGCCGCAUCCACUUCUCAGUGCAUUAUCCUGAACUUGGAGUCGAAGCACGCAUGUCAGUCUGGAAGACAUUCCUUGCCAAAGUAUCCCUUCAAGUUAGCGAGAAGGAUCUCACCCGUCUGGCGGAUCAUCACAUCAAUGGACGCCAGAUCAAGAACGUGGUUAGCAGCGCGCAGACGAUUUCGCUCGCGAAUGGGUCCUCGGGCCUGAGCCUUGAGGAUAUCGACGUCGUACUCGGCGUACUACACGACUGGCAGUCUUCUACGCAAGGCCCGAGUCGUCCACUUCAUAUCCGCAGAGGCGUAGCCGCUCUCUAG